CAAUCACAGGAAAGUCAUUCUUUUACUUCUAGACCGUCCUCUAUCUGAUCUCUAACUCCCUUUUACCUCAUCAUUCUCUUGAUGGAGAGAGAGAGAUGGGUGACAUUGAUGUUGAUUUUUUCCUGGAGACCUUGAAGAAGCUUAUAAUGAGCUCCAAGGUUGAAUCAAUCCUAAAAGAGAACUAUCAGUUUGAAUCUCUUGGGGAGGUGAUAAAGUAUAUGAGAGGAUUCCUCAAGGUUACGGAGAAGAAACGCAACAAGCAUUUAAAAGUGAAAAAUCUGGUGAGGCAGAUCAAAGCCGUGGUAUCUGAGGCAGAGAACAUCAUUGAACUCAUUGUAGUUGAAGGUUUCAAGGCUAAAUAUCAGCAUCAUCUUCCCCUUGACAUUGAAAGUGUCAAAAUGAAGAUCAAGACUCUUACGGCUGAGGUAAAACAGGUUUACGACGAGAAUAUGUAUGACAUUAAUGGAGUAGCAGGCGAAAAACUCAAGCACUCUUUUUCCAAAAGUGAAGGAAGUUCAAGUUCAUCAGAUAAAAAAAAGAAAAAGAAAAAGAAAAAGAAAAAAAAAGAUUCAUUGGGAUGGAGCAACACAUGCAAAGUGGAAGAAGAGAAGGUGGUGGUUGGUUUCAAGGAGGAGGUAGAGACAUUAUCAGGAAGGCUUGAUGACUGUGGAGAGGGCGGACGGCAGGAGAUAAUAUCAAUGUUCGGUAGAGCUAGAGGCAGCAAAACCACUUUUACCAAGGAAGUGUACCAGCAUCCUUGGACAUCAGAUCCCUUUGAAAUUCGUGCAUGGGAAAAUGUUCCUUGUCAUGAUGUUGUAACUAUGAAGUGGAAUUUGUUGAUUCGUAUUUCGGAAUUAGCUUCCCCAAACAAAUAUGGAGAUUACGAGAAGAGUAGUGAGGAAAAAUUGGGAGAAGACACGCACAAAUGCCUGAAAGGUAAGAAAUAUCUCCUUGUCGAGGAUUACAGAUGGCACUAUGAGGACUGGGAUUAUAUCCAAAGAUCACUCCAUGAGGAAUGCAAUGGCAGUAAAAUGUUCAAUAGUCGACUAGUUGAACCUACUUACAUCCACUGUGACCCUCGCCAUUUGGUUGCCUUAUCAAAAUGUUGCAGUUUGACGUUGUCACAAGAGAAGGAUACCUUGAAGCAGCUUAUAAUGAGUUCCAAGGUCGAAUCAAUUAUAAAAGAGAUGCAUCAGCUCGAUUCUCUAGAGGAGGAGAUAAAGUAUAUUUGGCAAUUUGUCGAGGUUACGGAGAAGAAACACGAGCAUUCAAAAGUGAUGAAUCUGGUGAGGCAAACCAAACACGUGGUAUUCGAUGCAGAGAAUAUCAUAGAAUUGUUUGUAGUUCACGCAUUCAAUGCUUAUCAAAAUCAGGUUCAUCUUUUCCUUGACCUUGAAAAUGUCAAAAAGAAGAUCAAGACUCUUGCAGCUGAGGUAAAGAAAAUGUACGAUGAGAAUAUGUGUGACAUUAAUGGAGUAGCAGGCAAAAAACUCGAGCACACUUUUUUCAAAAGAGAAGGAGGUUCAAGUUCAUCUAGAGGGAGCAACACAUCCAAAGUGGCAGAAGAGAAGGUGGUGGUUGGUUUCAAAGAGGAGGUAAAGACAUUACUGGGAAAGCUUCAUGACAAUGGAGAGGGUGGACGACUGGAGAUAAUAUCAAUCGUUGGUGCAGCUGGAGGUGGCAAAACCACUUUGGCCAGAGAAGUGUAUGAUCAUCCUUUGACAUCACAUACCUUUGAAAUUCGUGCAUGGGUCAAUGUUUCUCAAGAUUAUGAUACGACUAUGAAGAGGAAUUUGUUUAGUCCUAUUUUGGAAAUAGCUUCCCUGAAAAAACAACGAGAUUACGAGAAAAUUAGUGACGAUAAAUUGGGAGAAGACACGCAAAAAUGCUUGAAGGGUAAGAAAUAUCUUAUUGUCAUGGAUGACAUAUGGGGCACUCAAGCCUGGAAUGAUAUCCAAAGAUCACUCCCUAAGGAAUGCAAUGGCAGUAAAGUGUUGUUCACUAGUCGAGAACCUAUUGAACCUAAUAGCAUCCACUGUGUCCCUCAUUAUCUGGCUUCCUUACCAGACAGCUGCAGUUGGGAGUUGUUACAGAAGAAGGUAUUCGGAAAGAAAUCUUGCCCACCGGAGUUGGUUGGCAUCGGGGAGCAUAUAGCAGAAAAAUGUAAUGGACUACCACUCGCGAUUAUCGCAAUAGCUGGGAUUCUUGCAAUGGAAGACAAGACAUUGUACGUGUGGGAGGAAGUUUCUAAACGUUUAAGUUCAAUCAUUGCCAACCAAGACUACUGUAUGGAGAUACUAGAACUUAGUUACAAUCACCUACCUCUUCAUUUGAAAGCGUGUUUUGUCUAUAUUGGAGGAUUCCCCGAAGAUUCUGAAAUCCUCGUACGCGAGUUGAUAUGGUUAUGGAUCGCGGAGGGAUUUAUUCAGCAAAGUGAAGGGGAUAAAAGCUUGGAGGAUGUAGCAAAAGAUUAUUUAAGCAGUCUUGUUGAUAGAAGUCUCGUAACGGUAGCUAGGAAAAGGUCAUUUGGAGGAAUUAAAGCAUGCCAUAUCCAUGAUCUUUUGCGUCAAUUAUGCUUGAAAAAAGCCAAAGAGGAUAAUUUCCUUCAGCAAAUUUACUGGGAUGGUAAUUUUUCACCUUUUGGUGCAACUAAGCACCGUCGCCUCUUCAUUAGCAACCAAUUGUUUCCUAAGUUUUCUGUAGGGCCUUUAACUCAAAACCUUCGUUCUUUUUUGUGCCUCAGCUUGCAAAAAUCCACUCUAUCGUGUGAAACGGAUCUGUCAUUCUUUGCUGAUAACUUUGAACUUCUUAGGGUGUUGUGUUUUAUAUCCGCUAAAUGCCAAGGAAAAAUAGGAAGAAUGUAUCAUUUGAGAUACUUGGCCCUUCAUUUACCAAAGGUCACAUUGGACUUUGAAUCGCCAAUUUCCCACCUCUUCAACCUAGAAACCCUUAACCUUCGGUUGGCUUACUCGUCUUGGGAAACCAUUCUAUUGCCUCGCGAUAUAUUUAAGAUGGUUAAGUUGAGGCAUUUGUAUGCUAAAAGAGGGGUAUUCAAAUAUCAUUUUAACUGCCUUUAUCCUAAUGCAGCAGCUAGAAUUGGUUUUGAUUGUUCGUCCAAGUUGGAUAGCCUACAGACCUUGCAUCCAAUAUGUCCUUGUGAGCAGUGCCAAAAUUUCUUCGUAAGGACUCCCAAUCUUAGGAAGCUAGGAUUUUUUGGAGAUCUAAUAUCCAAUGAUUCUGUUUUGAUGCUCCCCGACCUAGAGUUCUUGAAAUGCCUUGAGACACUCAGUUUUUGCAACAGCCGUUACCCGGCCAGGGCAACUUCCCUUCCUCCAAUGCUGAAGUUUCCUCCAACUGUUACGCGGCUAACUUUGAAAAAAACGCGCAUAAAGUGGGCCGAGCUAUCAAUCCUCCAAACCUUGCCGAGCCUUGAGGUUCUCAAAUUAUCAACGUUGGCCUGUCAGGGGCAAAUUUGGAACACAAGUGAACUUGAGGGGUUCUCUCAACUCAAGUACUUGAGGUUACAAGAUUUGGACAUCCAAGAAUGGAAUGCUUCCGAAGAUCAAUUUCCGAGACUUGAGGUCUUAGCGGUUAAAUGUUGUGCAUAUCUGAAGCGGAUCCCAAUUGAUUUUGCGAAUCUAAACGAACUUCGCGAAAUUGAGGUAUGGAGGAGCCGUCGCUCUGUGGAGGAAUCGGCCAGGGAAAUUCAGGAAGAGCGAAGAAAUACAAGAGGAGAUGAUGAUUGCAUAAAUCUCUUGACCCUAUCUAAUGUUUUAUAAUUGGAACCCCGACAAAAGUGACUAUCCAUGCAUUUCUCAUAAACCCCGGUUACUGUCUGUGCCAGUAGCCGAGUAGUCAUUUGGAUUACAGCAAAUUUUUAAUUAUUGACAAUUGGGCCUAUUGUCCCUGCCGUCGAUCUCUUCUUUAGCCAAUGCUCUAUUCUCAUCACUGUCUAUGGUGAGUGUUUCUACUGGUCGAUGAGAUGAGAUACAUAGGAAAUUCUUCCAUGAAAUUUGAUGUUUUUUCGAAAAAACUUUCAUGCCCCAAUGAGUUGUUUUUUACAUUUGCUCAAUACGAACAGUUAUUGGAAGCAUCGUUUGUAGAUAUCAGUUAUAUGAACUUCUGGCUAAUUAGUACAGGGUUUACCUCUAUAAGUACUGAUCCAUUGAUAGCCUUGUUUUUA